AUGAGUUUACAAGAAGGUGAAUUAAUGAGUUUACAAGAAGAUGAAUUAAAACCAAAACAAACAAAAUUACUAUUAAUUGGAGAAUCAGGAAAUGGGAAAAGUUCAUUUGGUAAUUUCAUUUUACAGAAGAAUGUUUUUAGAGUAAGUGAUAGUCCAAAUUCAAAAACAAAUAAACCUCUUAAAUGUUUUGGAGAAGGAGAUAGAAGUGAUUUAGUUGUUAUUGAUACACCUGGUUUUAAUGAUAAUGAUUAUUAUAGAUUUGAUAAAGAACAUAUUCAGAAUAUUGUUGAUUGCGUUAGAGCUGAAGGAUUACAAGGAAUUAUAUUUACAAUGAAUUAUAAUGUAAAUAAAUUUACUCAUAAUACUAAACAAAUUAUUGCAAUUAUAAAUGAUAUUUUCACAAUAAAAGACAUUUGGAAACACGUUUGUAUUGUUUGGACUAAAUGCUAUAGCCUUAUUCAACAAAAGCAACUUGAAAAAGGUAAAAAAGAGAAAGAACAAUACAAAGAAAACAUAAUUUCAUUUAUAAAUCAAAUAAAUAAAACAAAUGAAGAAUUUGAUAUUCCAAUGUAUUAUGUAGAUUCACAACCAGAUGAAGAAUAUGAUAAUAGCAGAUCAGAAAAUGAAAUAGAAAGAUUAAUUGAAUGGGGAAGAGGAUUAGAAUUAAUUGAUGAAGAAGAAAUUAAGAAAUUAAUCAGUGAAUAUAAAGAAAUUAAAUAUGAAGAAAAAGAAGAAACUAAAAUGAUAAAAGAAACAAAGUCAGAUAUAACAUAUGAAAUAAAUACAUACAGAAGAGAAAUUAAAAUCAACUAUGAUGGAGAAGAAAUAGUAGGUAAAUGGAAAUUAUUUAGUACUAGAACUGUAACAGAAAACAAAAGUAAUAAAAAUACAUCAGAUUGUGUUGUGAUGUAA